AUGGGUGACAAGCCCUCCGAGGUUGAGGGAUUCCCUCAACGAGAGUGGUCUAUCGAGGUCUAUGCCGUUAACGAGAAGGGCGAUCUGGUUCCUGCGACUCUUUUCGACAAGGUCAUCUAUCAUCUUCACCCGAGUUUUGGUAGUCGCGCUGUCCAGAGUACGCCACCUUUCCGCAUCUCAGAAGAGGGAUGGGGUGAGUUUGACAUGCAGAUUGAAUUUGUUGCCGACAAGUCCCAUAUCAUUCAGCACGAUCUGAACUUUGCCCAGGAGCGUUAUGAGUCCAAGCAUGUCGUUGUCUUCAAGAACCCUAAGCCUGCUCUCCUGGAAAAGUUGCGCGAGACAGGUCCUGUCCCCGGUGAUGAGAAUGGCAUGAAGAACAAGCGUGGCGCGACUGGCGAAGAAAGCGCCAAGAAGAAGAAGCGCACUGACAAGAAUGUUGAUAUGGACAAGUUGGCCGAUGGUCUGCAAAAGCUCAACGAGGACGACCUGUUGCAGGUUGUGCAGAUGGUCCAUGAUAACAAGUCAUCGGACUCUUACACCAAGAACGACGUUGAGCAGGGCGAAUUCCACGUCGACCUGUAUACCCUUCCAGACGCGCUUAUCAAGAUGCUCUGGGACUUCACGGCGGAGCGUGGCUUCCUGUAA